AUGAUUUAUACUGGUAACAUAUUUAUUCUGAAGACCGCAACAUACUUCACACCUGAUGUUACCCUUCAUGAUCCAGAGGGGCUUGCCAAACGCUACAUCGUCAAUAAUACCCUAAGUGGACGCCAGAAAGUCAAAUGUUUCUGCAGCGGCUGUGGGUGCACUAUAUACACCAUACCGGCGACUAAUGGUAAGGAGGAGAUAGUUGUAAGAACAGCUCUGAUCGAGAAUGGCCUGAAAUUGUUUAAGCCCACGAUCGAGUGCUAUGUGAAAAACCGACCGAGCUAUUUCUCUGCUACCACGACGGGUAAGCAGUAUGAUCUUAUGCCUUGA